UUCUUUCAUUGUCCCCCUCCCUUCUUCAUUUCUUAUCACUCACUCACUCACUCUAACACCAACGUACGAACGCCUUUGUUCUUGGAACUGUCGUCGCCAAUCCGCCCGCGCGCCGCCCCUCUCUUUCCUUUUUUGAUUUAAACCAAAAAAAAAAAACUGACCUGAUUUGAUCUGUUCCCCUUUUAUUUAGGUUAGGUUUGGAUUUGGUGUUCAUCGAUCCCUCCCUAAUCUGUGGUUUGGUUUCAGAUCGCAGAUUGUAUUUGUUUAAUCUCUCUUAUUGCCUGCCAAAAAAAAGAGAGAAAGAUGGGUGAUGUAGCUAAAGAUCUCGCGUCGGGGACUGUUGGAGGGGCGGCGCAAUUGGUCGUCGGGCACCCUUUCGACACGAUCAAAGUGAAGCUCCAAAGUCAGCCAGCGCCAUCUCCCGGGCAGCUUCCAAAGUACUCAGGCGCGAUCGACGCCGUUAAGAAAACAAUAGCUGCGGAAGGGACCGGCGGAUUGUACAAGGGGAUGGGAGCUCCGUUGGCCACCGUCGCUGCGUUCAACGCCGUGCUUUUCACCGUUCGAGGUCAAAUGGAAACGUUGUUGAGGUCUGCACCCGGUGCUCCUCUAACCGUCGACCAGCAGUUCGUCGCCGGCGCCGGAGCUGGCGUCGCCGUCUCCUUCUUGGCUUGCCCGACGGAAUUGAUCAAAUGCAGAUUGCAGGCGCAAAGCGCACUCGCGUCGUCCGGCCCGGGUACAUUGGCUGUGAAAUACGGUGGGCCGAUGGACGUGGCGCGGCAAGUCCUCCAAUCGGAAGGCGGCGCGAGGGGUCUCUUCAAAGGGCUUUUUCCGACGAUGGCGCGGGAAGUCCCCGGGAACGCGGCGAUGUUCGGCGUGUACGAAGCCGUGAAGCAAUACAUUGCCGGCGGGACGGAUACGUCGAGCUUGGGACGAGGGUCGCAGAUUUUGGCCGGAGGGGUCGCCGGAGCAGCAUUUUGGAUGUUGGUUUACCCGACGGACGUGGUGAAGAGCGUGAUUCAGGUUGACGAUUACAAGAACCCGAAGUUCUCGGGGUCGUGGGACGCAUUCCGGAAGAUCGUGAAAUCGGAAGGGGUGAAGGGGCUUUAUAAGGGGUUCGGGCCGGCGAUGGCGCGAAGCGUGCCGGCGAACGCGGCGUGUUUCUUGGCGUACGAGAUUACGAGGUCUAGUUUGGGGUGAAUCUGGAGGGCACGUCUGUCUGGGCGUCUCGCGUCGGAUCGUCCCGAGCUCGAAGGAAUUAACUCAUUGAUUAUUGCAUUGUUGUAUGAGAACCAUUGAUCACAAACUUUGUUGACUGCAAGCAUGUUUAUGUACUUAGUUAAGGGUGUGUUCUUUUAUUGAAUUUUUAUUUUAUUUUGUUGUUAUUUACAUCGUACUUGCAUGGUCAUACAUGAUUUCUCUAUAGUGUAAUUUAUCUUGUCUCUUCUAA